AUGGGGAACUAUACUUCUUGUUACUUUCCUGGACCCUCGAACUCUGAAACAGCAAAGCUCUUUGAUUCUCAUGGUAACCUCCAACGACUCAAGCUCCCUCUAACCGCGGCUGAGCUCAUGCUGGAACACCCCGGCCACGCCAUCGCUUCAGUGGAAGACUUGCGUCGAACUCGUCUCAUAUCCGGCAAGCGGGCCGACGACGAGCUUCUGGCCGGAAAGGUUUACCUACUGGUAUCCUCGGGUAGGGUUCACUGUAGGGUUUCCGAGUUGGAGAUGGCAAUUAUAGACUUGGCUUGUAAGAAGAAAGCACCCAAAUUGAAGCCAUGUGGUUCCAAGGUUUUGCCGGCUAUGGGAGGGGAGGUAAUUACUGGCCUUCCAGGUCUCCAGCAGGGGAGUCAUAGGCGGUGGAGUCCUGCUUUGGAGCCUAUUUCCGAGGGUUUUUGA